CUAUACUUAUCAUUAGUAGUCAGAUUUUAUACUCCUAAAGAGAUAUACGUAUACGCGCCAAAAAUCAUAUUUUAGUUAAAUAAUUUAAUAUAUAAAAUUCUGUGUAACUUAUAAAUAAAACUAAGAUAAUCUUUGUGUAAUUAGUAAAAGUGGAUUGUACCCUGAAAUAUUUCAAUUACUUCGAUUAAACUCAAUAGAAAUGUGGUUACUAAAAUGUCGACAUCUAUUCGCACUAUAUUUCCUGAUUUCGGUGUUCCUCACUGUCAGAGGAUUGAAAGAAAAUAAAACAUCAACAGUUGGCAAAACAACAGAUUAUGAAUAUCAUGCCACAAACAUUUUAGAUGAUGCGACGAAACGAAUGCAGAAAAUAUGGACUGUAAGACACGAUAUCUUUGUGAACUUGGCAAAGGGACGUGGUUACAAUCUCAUCAAUCAAGCGCCCAUUAAACAUGAAAUAGAUAAUGCUUACCGUAAUUUAGUAUAUGAACUUGCAGCAAAUCUAAGCGUUAUUCCCGUUACCCAACUCAAGAAUCAUACCCUCCAACGCCAAGUGCAACGUCUAUCAAAACUGCAACUCUUUGGUCUGCGCAAGACCGAUUAUGAAGAAGCUAAAGACAUGCUGCGCAUUAUGAAUGGUUUUCUAACCGCGCAUAUGGUAUGCCAUGUACAACAUGUCAAAGACUGCUCAAAGCCCGUUGCCAUGGUGCCGACAAUUUUGCACCACCUCGCACGCACAAAACGAUUAGUUGAAUUGGACUAUUAUUGGAGGAUGUGGCGAAAAGCGGUCAAUGAGCAAGACUUGGCUAAAUCUACAUUCAUUAAUUAUGUUCGUCUAUUUCGCAUUGCGGCUAGUUAUAAUGGUAAAUUGAAUACUCUUCACAAAUAA